AUGGCUAACCACGACGAUAACGGUCGGCAAAACCGCAAUAAUGGAUAUAACAACGGAUACAGCAACGGCCAAUACUACGAUAACCAAAGCAACGGCCGCAGCAACAACUACAACGGCUACAAUAAUGGCUACAGCAACGGCUGUGGUGGCAACAACUACAAUGCUUUUCCAUAUGCCGCUUACCCACCACAAAUGAUGGUUAGCCGUCGGGAGGAGCGUCGGAUGAAUAGACGAAUGCGCAAGGCAGAGCGCAAAGCAAGGGAUGCCGACAUGGUCCUGUCCCUGAUGAACUCUGGUUCGCGAGCGGGCCCCCGCUCAACCUUACCUCAAUACUCAAAUAUGCAACCUCAACCCGGCAAUGGUGGCGUGCCUUACAUGCAGCGUGGUGACAACUCAAGAAGUCAAGCCAUGUAUCACCCCGCGCAGCAAGGGAUCAUGGAUCCAGAACCGGAAGGGUCUCAAUGGCGGGAUAUCCAGAGUCGCGACCGGCCGACCAGCCGAGGGGAUCCGCACCCAGCAAGCUCGUCGGAAAGUCUACCGACAUAUGAGCAGGUAGUUCGAAAAUCCGGCAAGUCUUGA